AUGCCUCGAUCUCAAUCGCUAACGCCCAAUCCAGCCGCUAGUUUUACGUCCGGCGACGACUGCGAUCGUUAUGGCGACAGGCACGGCGACAGGUUAAGCGACAGGUUGGGCGACAGUCUAGCCGACAGACUAAGCGACCGAUAUGGAAGCAGGCCGACUACACCCCGGUCCGGAGAUAGAGAAGCAACACGUGUCGGUGACAGACUCGGCGACAGGUUAAGCGACACGUACGGCGACAGGUUAAACGACAGGUUAGGCGACAGGUUGAGCGACAGGUUGAGCGACGCGGCGUCACUACCGUUGCGGACGCAGACAAGCGCGUCGGUGCACCUUUUAUCGAGUGUGAUUCACCAGGAGGUUCUUCCCGCGCUUCUGAACGACAAAACGACGACAGCAGCAUAUUUGAGCGAUAAGGCGAGGGCUAGCCGGCAGGUUAAGUGGAAGGAUUUGGAGCGUGAUGGUGUCGGGAGGUCUAGUAGCGUGGUGGUUAGCGAAGUUGCGGACGAGUAUGGAAAAGCCGGCCUGGAUUACCAUCGGAGAACGAUAAGCAACAGCGGGAUUCUUAAAUCGGAGCAGCGGCCAGGUACUCCAUCCUCGUUAGUGGCUUCCUCGAGUUCAUCCACAGUAGCGUCUGCUAUGGAGCAGACGCGUAUUGUGGCGAAGGAAGCGGUAAGAGUUGAUUUGAUAGUGGAGGAUCUGCAGGAGCAGCUUCGCCGAGCGCAGAACGAAGCUUCCGCCGCGCAAGACGAGUGCGCGGAGUUGCGCCGCGGGCUGCAGUCCGCCUGGGAAGACGUGCGGGAACUUGAGGGGAAGCUCGAGGGGCAGCGGCGGGAGCUAGAGGCGCAACGGCGGGAUGUGGAAGCGGAGCGGCGGGAGAAUGAAGCGCGGCGGAAAGUCCACCUUGAGGCGCAGGAGCGGGAGCUUCAGGAACGCUGGCAGGCGGAGUUGCGCCAGCAGCGGGAGCAGUGGCAGGCGCAGCUGCAAUCGGCGCAAGACGACGCGCGGAUGCUCCGGGCGGAGAACGACGCCCUCCGCGGAGGGGCGGAGCUUUCCCGAGAAAGGUUGGGCUCCGCACUGGCGGAAAGCCGCGAGUUGGAAGACGGGCUGCGCGCAGCGGAGGCGGAGAGGCGGAAAGCGGAAGAGAGUUUCAAAGCAACAAAUGCGCAGAUGGUGGAGUUGCGCGCGAGUGCGGAGGAGAUGCGCGCGCGGCUGGUGAAGGAGCAGGAGCGCGCGGCGGACUUGGCGCUGGAGAAUGGGAGGUUACGCGGGGAGGUGCGCCAGUUGGCGAGCGCAAACGCGGAGCUCCGGCAGCUGGAGGAGGCGGCGCAGGCGGCGCAGGCGGAGCUGCGGAGAGCGCUUGAGGAAUGCGCGGAACAGCGGGAGCAGGUCCGCGCGCUGGCCGCCAAAGGCGCGCAAACUCAGAAGGAGCUGGCGGAAGCUCGUGAGGAGAACGCGGAGCUUUUGGGGGAGCUCGCGGAAGCUAAGGGGAGAAACGAGGGCUUGCAGAAACGGCUGGACGCGGCGGCUCUCUCGCGCGGAGGCGGAAGCGGAGGCGGCGGAACGGGCGCGGACAACCUCCGUGUGGGCGGAACGACGGGAGAUGGGGAGGCGGCGCAGGCGCUGAAAGCGGAGCUUGCGGUGGUGGUCAGGAGAAACGAACAGAUGAGGAGAGACCUGGAGCUUGCCUGCCGGGAGAUCAGGCACUGGCAACGGCAAGCCGAGUCGCAGGUGAAAACGCAGGGGGGCGGGGCGGAGAGGAAGGAGGGUGAAACCUGCAGCUGCGGCGGGUUCGGCGGCAGUAGCCCGGCUAGCAGCGCCUCCCCCAGGCUGGCUCGGCCCGGAGCAACCAGGCUCGGCAACCUACGCAGUCCCGGCGGCGGUUCGGUCGUUGGCUCGGAGGUGGGAAGCCCGGCAGCAGGCGGCGGUUGUGGUGAAGGGGCUACUGGGGGAGGUUUAUCUGGGGCAGGUUCAUCUGGGGGUAAUAAGGGCCCCAUGGAUUCUCUUCUAGUGCUGCUACGGCAGGAGAACGAGCGGUUGCGAAAGUCGCUUAAAGAAGCAGAGGCGCGGAUAGAAGCUCUUAACGCGGAUGUUGUGACGGCGGAGGCAGCUUUGGCGGCAGCCCAGUCAGCAAGAGACGCUGCUGAGUCAGCGAAAGUGGCUGCUGACCCUGCUAAGCCUGGCUCAGAGGCUCGGGCUCGGAAGCAGGAGGAGGCCGCCAAGGCAGCUGCUUCGGGAGCUGCCGAGGCUGCACGAGCCGAAGCAGCAGCAGGAGCUGCGGAAGCAGAGCGGGUGCAGUUGCGGGCGCGGAUUGAGUUUCUGGAGAGGGAAUUGUGGGUGACGGAGGAGAGGUUGCGUCGGACAGAGGAGAAAGCCGCAAGGCUAGAAAGCGAGCUUGAGAGGUCCCAGUCCGAAGCUGCUGCUGCCCGAGCCAAUGCCGAAACUGCCCGUGAGGUUAUUUCCGAGGCUGAGCGUCGUGCUUCCGAGGCUGAGCGCCGGGUUACCGAGGCUACGGCUCAGGCGUCCAGAGCGGAAACGGAGGCACGGGUGUCGAAAGCGGAGGCUGAGGCUCGGAUGUUCCGGUCUUCAGGGACUGAUGCUGGCCAAGUCGCCCAAGCUGAGGCUCGGGCAGCAGAAGCCGAGGCUCGGGCGAGGGAAGCCGAGGCUCGGAUAACGGACCUGGAGGCUCGGCACGAGGAGCUGACGCUUCAGCUACGAGCAGCAAAGGCCCGAACGGAAAAGCUGAGCAUGCGGGUGGUGCAUGCGGCACACGGCGACAAACGGCACGCGGAAGAAUCAGCAGCGUUUGCUGAGGCGAAGCAGAAGACUCUGAUCCAGCUGGCUGAAGAGGUGGAGGCGCUGAGAGAUGAGGCGAGGGAGGCGAGAGCUGCUGCCAAGGCGAGGGAGAGGGAGGCCGCGAGGAGCAGAGAGGAGCUGGCGAAGGUGAAGAGAUGGAUGGCUGGAAGGGCCGGGCGAGGGAGGGCGGCAGCUGGAGGGGAGAAUGCAUGGGGAGGAGUGGAUAGCGCUGGGGGGAGUGGAAGGGGUGGUGUGGGGGCGGGGGGGGCAGGGGGGAGUUCGUCAGGGGGGAAUGGUCAAGGGGAAGGGGGGAAUGUUGGGGUUGUGGUAGGAGGAGGGGGUAGUGGAGGAGGUGGUGGGGUAGGGAGGGAUGGUGGGAGUGGGAGCGGUGAGGAGGAUGGGGGUAGCCCUAGUGGAUUGUGGGAGGGUCAUCAGCAGGAUUUACGGUUUGGCGAUAUGCUCUCGUGGCCGUUUGAUCUUGUGCUGCCGUCGAAGUUUCUCGGAAGCGGGUAUCAAAAUCCCUGA